CGUUAAUAACCUCGAUCCAAAUGUUUUACUGCUUCUCUCCUUUACUCUAGAAGUUACUUCCUUUUAAAUCUCUCUAUUUUUUAAAAUAAUCAUUAAAAGGGUUUAAAUUAAAAAAAAAUAUGUGUAAAUUACGUCCACUCGAAUGCUUACGAUGUUAAUGUUUACAGGAAAUGGAUCAUAAGUAAAAAAGGAUUCACGCCAUUUAUGUGGGUUUAAAUAGUGAAUAAUGUCUUCGCUAUUAAGGGUGUGAAUGCAUUAUAAGGCCAGAUGGGGUUGAGGGUUGCGGAUCGAUGGAGAAUUCUAUGAAAUUCUACGUUACGAAGUGUAAACGUUAUAGCCAAUAAAACUUAAAAGAAUCAGUUCACAAUGGAGUCAGAAGAAAUAAAUUCUUUACAAAGUGGUUUGGAAGAAUCUAAACCUCUAAAUGCCAACAUGAUGAUUAUAGAUUCUUCGACUAUCAAGCAAGCAGUCUCUCAAGUCGAUAUAAAUUUGGAAAAUGCAAUAGAGAGAAAUUGCAUGGUGGAAACUACCGACGGCUCGCUUCCGAUAACGUUAGUCGUUUCCGAAUCUCCUAUUUUAGAACAUAUUAAUGAAAAUGUAAAUUUAGGAGAUAGUUCUCAAGAAGGAUCGGUUAUUUCGGCAGUCAACAUGCAAGAUGGCGAAUCUACUGCCCAGUUUUUUAUCGAACAUAUUGCAGCAGAUGGUUCUCAAUUGCAAACAUCAGAAAGUGAAACAAUCCAGAUUGGCGUCAAUACUACAGCAAAUAACAAUGAGGAUGGCGUACCAAUCCUUUUACAUAUGACAGAAGAUACAAACGAGGACCAUCAAACAAAUCUGCAUAUUUCUGAAGCUGAUGGCAGCGAAAGCAUUUCGGUAACAACUAAUGCAGGUAAGCAUUUUAUCGCCACUAUAUUACUUUUGUCAUUGUAAGACGUACAAUGUACUAAAUAUCCAUGUUGCAACUUGACAAUAUCGUGAGGGAGUAAAUUUAUUUGUACUGAUCAAAUGAAAAUUUAUCUGUUAGGAAUAGAUUUGGAAAGUUGAUGAUGCCUGACAGACUCAUCAUGUACUAUUGAUUUAUAUACAGGACCUUCCAAAAAAGAAUGUUGCCAUUUUAAUUAUUGUAGUUAUGUUAAUUAUUAUCCAAGAACAUUGUGAUGCGUAUUAAUUAAAACAUUGCAAAACUAGUCAAGUUUCACAUUUGCCCAUUACAAUUUCUCAAUGUGUGCAUCUCAUCACAUGGCAUCCAUCUGACCAAUACUCAAAUUCUUCCCAUGCUUGCUCAGCACAUUCUUUGUCACUCCUCCCAUAGCAGCCAUAAUUCUAUGGGUUCUGCAACUCUUACGGAUUAUUCAUAUGUGCACAAUGAUGAAUGUUCCUUCUUUGUUGCACCGUUGCUAAUUUCAUUUAUGGUGCUUGCUAGAAGUAGCAGUCACCAAGACAUUUGAAUGCAGAUGGGAGACAAAACUCAGAUGGUUACUGUAUCAACUGGUGUAUAUUGUCUGUUUCUUGGAUAAUAAUUAAUAUUGCUACCGUUUUAAAUUACUGCAAUUUUAAUUUUAAGUCCCUGUGUAUUUAGAGUUUCAAAUGUUAUCCAUUAAGUCUCUAGCAAAUAAAUGUUCAAAAUUUAUGUUUUAUUAUGAUCAUAAUUUAUGUGGGAGUUAUACUCUGCAAGUGUGUGCAUAAAAAAAAAUUCAGUGUGUUAGUACAGUAGGCAGGAUGUAACAUAAUUUUAACACAAUAAUAAAUAUUUAGGUAUCU